AUGCUGACGAAAUGGAAGCACUCACGUACGAUGCUACUAGUCGUGUUCAAAUCGGCGCCAAUAUUGAAACGAACCCUCCGUGUUAGACAUGCUAUGAUGCAACUGUACGUCUUGAAGCUACUCAAGCUACAAAGUCGGUAUUUCGGGCGACAGUGGCGCAAAAACAAUAUGUCAAUCAUGUCGGCUAUUUACCAGAAGGUUCGGCAUCGCCUCACGGACGAUUGGGCCUAUGGUAACGAUGUGGACGCGCUACCCUGGCAAUUCCAAGUGGAAGAGUAUACAUUGCGUACAAAUGUGGACCAAUUCAACCAACGGCGGUACUCCGACAAUUGGUUGGACCCGUUGUUCGAGCCGAUUGACAACUCCUUAACGAGUGUCUUGAGCCAACCUAUGCCCCUAUCCGAAGAGUUCAAACGGAAUUACGAAAAGUGGCUUGAAGAAGAGGUGUUUUCUGUGCCCAUUAAUUGGUCUCAAGUGCUGGCGCGAUAA